AUGUCUGGACGCGCUGCUGGAAAGCAAAAGCCCCUAAAAGCCCCCAAGAAGGAGAAGAAGGAACUAGAUGACGUGAGGGCUAAUUUUUCUCUUUUCUUUGUUUUAUUAGUUCUGGGCGCGUCAGAGGUCCCUCGACCACGUGUCGAAAUUCCUGCUCCGCCCAGACUUCCCGUUGAGAUUGAUGACAUCGCGCUCAAACAGAAACAGAAAGCCGACGCUGCUGCACUGAAGGAAGCUCAGGCUAAAGUUGCGAAGGGAGGUGCGCCUGGAGGAGGUAUCAAGAAAUCAUCCGGAAAGAAGUAA